CUUCAGAGACAAUAUGGCCGCCAUCCACUUCCGCAGGCACGUCUGCAGCAACUGGGACGCCAAUUCGCGACGUCGCAGCCCGCCGCUGAGCAAGUACAAAGCCAUCUUCGACAGUCACGUGGUCAAGCGCCACCUAUUGCGUUCCCUCCCCAAGCACUCGCACAGGGCCCGAGACAAGGCAACGGCGCUGCUGAUCAAGUGUUUCAGCCGGGGCGGCAGGCAGAGCUCGUGGACUAUUCCGAAAUUCUUGCAAGAGGUGGGUCUUCCCUGGCCGCACAAGUCCCCAGCCUCGAGACCCGAGCUCCUCGGCACGCUCGUCAAGUCGUCGUUACACUUCGGCAUACACAUAUUCUGGGCUUUUAUCGUGGGUCGUCAUCCCUCACGCCCGAACCAGAAUAUCGUUUACACGACCUUAGACGAACGGUGCAUCGACUGGAUCGGGAACUUCGAGCGGCUCAGAGAUUAUGCCAAGCACCGCGAUUAUCUCAGACGCUGCGCUGAAAUCCUGGGCGGUACCGGGCAGUCGUACUCGCGGAUGAUCGAGGCCGUAACGGUGGCGCACACCGAUAUCGCCCAACUGGUGUUCCGCUUCUGGGACCCGCAAGCCACUCCAGCCUUCCUUGAACUCGGUGACGCCGAGCUUCGCCGUGCGCUCAACGGUCAUCUUGCGGACGAUUCGCAGUUGUGGCCGGAAGACAAGAUUGUGAACCUGCAGCCCGAGCUAUUCGCUCAGCUGAACGCAACCCACUUCAGCCACGACAAUUUCACCGAGAACUUCAAGCUCUUCCUCGGCGCGUACGCGGUGUGGUUGCUGUCGCCGUACGCCUCGCGUUACCUCACCACCUGCAUGCUGGAGGACAUGGGCCUUGCAGCCUACGAGCGAAGCUACUGGCACCACAAGUGCAUGCUGACGCUCGAGGAGACCCUGCCGCUGGCCAAGUGGAAACUCGAACAAGACGGUUCGGUUGACAAGGUUUACACGUCGAAAAUGCUGCACCUCGCCAAGCGAUCCCUCAACGCCUUCAACGCUCUAUACAGUGACGCUCUCGAGAACUAUAUCGCAGACGCUAUGGCUGGUGUUGUGGUCAACGCCCGGAACAUGACUCUGACGUGGCACAUGCUGGACCGGACGUACGCCUAUGUACCUUUCGACACCACGGCGGGGUUGUUCGACAUGUACAUACGCAUAUGCACCGCGGGCAUGAGCAUCCUCAAGAAGUCGUUGCGCCACCCUAGGCAGACCGCUCUUCACGCGCCAGGGAUCGCCAGCUACGGACUGUACCGCAUCCUCGUGGCUAGGGAAGUCGUGGGCCCCAGCUACCUGAGGGCGCUACCACUGUUCGAUGCGCGCCACCCGUUGCCUGUCCUUGUGGCCUUGAUCGGCACCCAUAUCUUGAAGCAGAUGGUCACCCUAGAGCGAUUCAUCCUGUUCUACGACGAAAACUUUGUGGUGAAACACGCGGAAUUCCCUACCGGCGACCUCAACCGCGGGAUCACUUCGAGCAGCGUUGUCGCAGACGCCGUUCGAUUCAGGGACAACGGCAUGCGACGCGGCCAGAGCCCCGUGCAGCUGCCGCCGUGUCCUCGGCGCCGUCCUGCGCCCGUCCAGCCGCCGCCAUCGCUCCAGCGCCGCAGUCCUGCCCCCAAGGACACGUCCUGCGAGGCGUCCUGCGCGCGCUACUCCUGCUUCGUGCUGCUCGCCGUCCUCGUCGCGACGACCACGCUGCUAGCCACGCCGGCGCUGCUGCUGACGCGGCUCGAUCCGUGGCGGCGGGACCACUUCACGCUGGACGAAGACCUGCGACGCUCGCGGGACCACAGCGUGCACCCGUGCGACGACUUCUACCGCCACGUCUGCAGCAACUGGGACGCCAAUUCGCGACGUCGCAGCCCGCCGCUGAGCAAGUACAAAGCCAUUUUCGACAGUCACGUCGUCAAGCGCCACCUAUUGCGUUCCCUCCCCAAGCACUCGCACAGGGCCCGAGACAAGGCAACGGCGCUGCUGAUCAAGUGUUUCAGCCGGGGCGGCAGGCAGAGCUCGUGGACUAUUCCGAAGUUUUUGCUCGACGUCGGUCUUCCCUGGCCGCACAAGUCCCCAGCCUCGAGACCUGAGCUCCUCGGCACGCUCGUCAAGUCGUCGUUACACUUCGGUAUACACAUAUUCUGGGCCUUUUUCGUGGGUCGUCAUCCAUCACGCCCGAACCAGAACACCAUUUACACGACCUUAGACGAACGGUGCCUCGACUGGAUCGGGAACUUCGAGCGGCUCAGAGAUUAUGACAAACACCGCGAUUAUCUCCGACGUUGUGCUGAAAUCCUGGGUGGCACCGGGCAGUCGUACUCGCGGAUGAUCGAGGCCGUAACGGUGGCGCACACUGAUAUCGCCCAACUGGUGUUCCGCUUCUGGGACCCGCCUGCCACUCCAGCCUUCCUUGAACUCGGUGACGCCGAGCUUCGUCGUGCCCUCAACGGUCAUCUUGCGGACAAUUCGCAGUUGUGGCCCGAAGACAAGAUUGUGAACCUGCAGCCCGAGCUAUUCGCUCAGCUGAACGCAACCCACUUCAGCCACGACAAUUUCACCGAGAACUUCAAGCUCUUCCUCGGAGCGUACGCGGUGUGGUUGCUGUCGCCGUACGCCUCGCGUUACCUCACCACCUGCAUGCUGGAGGACAUGGGCCUUGCAGCCUAUGAGCGAAGCUACUGGCACCACAAGUGCAUGCUGACUCUCGAGGAGACCCUGCCGCUGGCCAAGUGGAAACUCGAACAAGACGGUUCGGUUGACAAGGUUUACACGUCGAAAAUGCUGACCCUCGCCAAGCGAUCCCUCAACGCGUUCAAUGCUCUAUACAGUGACGCUCUCGAGAACUAUAUCGCAGACGCUAUGGCUGGUGUUGUGCUCAACGCCCGGAACAUGACUCUGACGUGGCACAUGCUGGACCGGACGUACGCCUAUGUACCUUUCGACACCACGGCGGGGUUGUUCGACAUGUACAUACGCAUAUGCACCGCGGGCAUGCGCAUCCUCAAGAAGUCGUUGCGCCACCCUAGGCAGACAGCUCUUCACGCGCCAGGGAUCGCCAGCUACGGACUGUACCGCAUCCUCGUGGCUAGGGAAGUCGUGGGCCCCAGCUACCUGAGGGCGCUACCACUGUUCGAUGCGCGCCACCCGUUGCCUGUCCUUGUGGCCUUGAUCGGCACCCAUAUCUUGAAGCAGAUGGUCACGCUAGAGCGAUUCAUCCUGUUCUACGACGAAAACUUUGUGCGCCAGAACCUCCCAAUCUUCAGCCAAUUCGGAAUGCUGUUCUCGGACACGGAACGCUACCAGGUGACGGUGAACAACAGCGGCUAUAUCGAUGACCACUACCCGCACGAGGGGCGGGAGAUCGUGGUGGCCGGCUGGGCGAACCGUCUCGCCAGCAGCAUCCCGCGCCUGCCGGAGGCCCGAGCCAUAGCGAAGGCCACGAGCGCGGCAAACAGCCGAGACGGCAGGCGCCGGUCUUUCGGCGGCGUCCCCGAGGACCAGCUGUACUUUUUGGUCACGUGCUUCACGCACUGCGGUGCAUCUGGUCGCGCCCUCCAGUUGCAGAAGGUCAUCUGCAACGCGGUCCUGCCUGCCGUAGCAGCGUUCCGACAAGCCUUUGAAUGUCGGCCGCAUCAUCUACUCGUGACUGACUUCACCUGGCCAGAACCACCCAGCGAGACAAGCAGUGCUUCUGUGUAG